AUGGAAAAAUACAUAUCUUUGACUGUGCAGCCAUUGUGGGAAAACUACAUAUUUGAUUCAGAAAUCUCAGAGGGUGCUUUCGGUUUAGUAUACAAAGUCAGAAACACUUAAGAUCAGAAGUUCUAUGCUAUGAAAAUACAAAAUCUAAAAUAACUAAUCAACAAAUCUCCAAAUAACUAAAGCAACGAAAUCAUCCGCAUCUUCAGAGAAGUCAAUACUUUCAAACUAAAUCACUAAAACAUAACUGGGUUUCAUGAAUCUUACUUUACUGAUGACAACAAAUUCGUCAUUAUUACUGAGCUUGCAGAGACUGACCUCAGAACAUUCAGAGAAAGUAAUUCAGGAUUCAGCAACAAACAGAUCACCGAUAUUAUGCUUUAAAUCUUGAAAGGUGUGAAUUACCUACAUAAUCAAAAUAUCAUGCACAGAUACUUGAGCCCUGACAACAUUCUUGUCUUUGAAAAUGGAACUAAAUUUAAGAUUUGUGAUUUUGGACUUGCCUCUCAUAAUGCAGAGUCUUUUAUAUACGUGGGCAAAAAGUACUUUAAAGCCCCCGAAAUCUCGAAUGAGGAAGAAUAUAGCUAUAAUAACUAAGUUGAUAUAUGGUCAGCAGGAAUUAUCUUAUACUACUUAUGCACGGAAUAUUAUGAUAUAGAAGGGAAAAGAUUAAGUGACAUUAAGAAGAAAGAUCCUGCUUAUGAUUUUAGACUACCCGAAAAUAGAAAAAUAUUUGAGCCACUUUUAAACAAAAUGCUAAGUCUUAAUUCUUCUCAAAGACCAUAGGCACUUGAACUCAUUGCUGAUUUGUGCCUACUGAUCAAUGAGCCUUUUAACAAGCAUAUUGAUGAAGAAGAAAAAUCUAUUGAAGCUAUUAUUAUCCCUUAGAACUUAGCAACAUUUAAUAUCACAUUGAAAUCAAAAACAGAAAAGGUAAACGAAGUCCUGGCUUAAAUUGGGCAUUUUAACUUUCCUGCUGUUUAAAAUAUACAUCCUAAUCCUAACAGAAUCUUUGUGGAUUACAUAAAAGUUAAUCAUGAUGAAUAUCAGGGAGAAAUUGAUAGUGUCACUAAAAAAUUUGAUGGAAGAGGACGAAAGAUUAGCAUAAUAGGUAAUUUAUAUGAGGGAGUCUGGAAAGAUAAUAAACUUAAUGAAUAUGGAAGAUAUAUUUUAAAUAGUGGAAGUUAUUUUGUUGGUGAGUACAAAGAUGGAUAAUAAUCUGGAUAUGGUAAAUAUCAUUAGGAUGAUGGAUGUUCAUAUGAAGGAUAAUAUUUAAAUGGUUUUAAAGGAGGAUUAGGAUUGUUUAAAUGGAGCGACGGAGAUUAAUACUAUGGAUAAUGGGUAGACAAUAAGAGAUAAGGUUUAGGAGUAUUCACUACCAAGAAUGGAAAUAUUGAUUUUGGAUAAUGGUUUCUUAGUAAAAGGCAUGGAAUUGUAAUAAAUAUUCCAAAAGAUGGAGGUAAAAUUAAAAUUAAUAAAUACGAAAAUGGAAAAUUAAAAGAGACAGAAUUGUAAACUGAUAAUAUAUAAAUUAAUUGA